CACUGAAUUGGAUGCUACAACUGUAUGGCAGGCCUGCGCACCGACCUCUAACCUCUGACCCAGAUUACUAAGCACGUUUGCACGAGGGCGUACCUUUCUUAAGCUUUCUGCAAGUCAUUUUCCGACCCUUAGAGUCCGGCUUAAGUCUAAAAAUGUCUUGGAUAUCGGAGCUAACCCUACCACAAGUCCACCACAGUCACCUCAUCAUGGGUGGUUUAGCGGUGGCGUCGGGGAUAGCCGCCUACUCGACCUACAAACUUGUGACCCUCAAGAGCCACCAUCAGAAAGAAGCGCAGAAAGAAAACGUCUACGAGACCGCCAAACUUCUCAACGAGUACCUCUUGUUUCAUUUCGGAAGUCCCAAGGAGGUUCUACAGUUCGACUUUGGCCCGAAGGAUGCGCUAGAGAAUUUUCCCAAGCGUUGUGCAGAGGAAUGCUUGGCACAUGCACUAGAUGGGGCGGACAUCCCCAGUAGGGCACUUGACAUUGGCUGUGCCACCGGGAGGUCUUCCUUUGAGCUGGCCCGAAGGUACAGGGAGGUGGUGGGCAUUGACUUCAGCCAUUCCUUUGUAGCAGCCUGCGAACAACUGAAGGUGGCAGGGACCAUAGACUACAACCGGCAAGAUGAAGGGGACCUCACUACUCAGCUCAAGGCUGUAGUAGACCCAGCAAUCGACCGGUCCAGGACCAGAUUUCAGCAGGGAGACGCCUGUAACCUGCCCCUGGACCUGGGACAGUUUGGCUGUGUGCUGGCUGCUAACCUCAUCUGUAGACUCCCCACGCCGUUUGACUUCCUGAACCGCCUGAAGAGCCUGGUUGCGCCGGGGGGCGUGCUGGUCAUCACGUCUCCGUACUCGUGGCUGGUAGAGUUCACUCCUAAGAACACAUGGCUCGGUGGCUACAAGGACAAAGACGGGAAGGAAGUCAAAGGUUUCCAGACCCUCCAGAACAGCUUAGGAGGGAGCUUUGACCUGGUCACACACAAGGACAUGCCGUUCCUCAUCAGGGAGACUGCACGGAAAAACCAGUGGACUGUCGCACACUGCACAGUCUGGAGAAGGAAGAAGGAGUAAAAGUUUUAAAUGUCACGAUGUCAAUAUUUCUGUCCCAACGGGCCUGUUUGAGUCACAGGAGAUGGGAUGGAACCGCAUAAGGAAAAAUGAUGAGGCUAUGAUUGGUGAUUAUAAAAUAUUGCCUGGUAUUUAGAAACCAUCGUCUUUAUAAGGAUAAAGGAGGUGGAAUACUUAACCAGAGAACGAUACACAUAGGCUUUAUUUUCCACAAGAAUAGAUUGGUAUACGUAGUGUACGAUCAGGUCAACCUAGUGGUUAGGUAACUUUGUAGAUAGGCAGCCUUUUUGGAGCAAUACUGGUAUUUCACAGCUGUUGAUUUGGCUUUAAUGAUAACCAAGAGCUGGAACGAUGUACAUGUGUACUUCAUAUUUUUCAGAGAUCUGGCUGUAAAUUUACAUACAUGACAGUAGGUCAUGGACUAGCUGUACAUCUGGAAAUCAUGUAUUUAUAUAAUAUAAAGUGCAUUGUAUAUCAAAAGAAAUUCCCAGAUGGUAUGGUGUGAAAUGUUGUCAGUAGUGGCAAGUUUUCUGUCAGAAAAAAACUACUAUCCUCUUACAGUUGAAUUCUACUUAGCUAAUAGUACAUGUGCAUUCUAAAUUAAUGGGUCAAAUACACAUGUAUUGUAAUAUGUAUUCAGACAUCUGUGUGAUUCUUCACAUUCAACAGAAAUCCUGUAACAUUAUACAAAAGACAUUAAGCUAAGAGGACUUCUGGAUAGGUCUUGCAAAAAUAAUUGUCAGCUUGUAUUUUCAAAAUAUGUCCUGAUGAUGGCAAAGAUUAUGGAUCAGUUUAAUGAAAAAAAUAAAUUUGAUGGAAUUUUGUUA